GUCCCUGGCUGCUUAUUGUGUCAUGUGUUGCAGAAGACUGGGAACCUCAGCUCCUCCGCCAAAAAGCAGCACAUACUGGCAGGAUAUCCGAAAUAUAAUCAAGUUUACCGGAUCCCUCAUUGUAGGAGGUUCAUUAUUUCUUACAUAUGAGGUCCUGGCCCUGAAAAAGUCUUUGACAUUGGAUACUCAAGUUGUAGAAAGAGAAAAAAUGAAGUCAUAUAUAUAUGUGCACACAGUUUCUUUAGAUAAAAGAGAAAACCCUGGAAUCACCUACCAGGCAAGAAAAGAGCUUCACAAAGCAGUAAGAAAAGUAUUGGCAACGUCAGCCAGGAUAUUACGGGGCCCAUUUGCUGACACUUUCAGUACAGUUGACAUAGAGGAUCAUGAGUGUGCCAUGUGGCUGCUUCUCAAGAAGAGUAAGUCAGAUGACAGAGCCGCCCGAUUGCAGGCCGUGCAGGAAAUGGCGGAGGCCCAUCACUGGCACGGACUCCAUUUCAGACUUAACUGUGUCAGAAAAAUCAAGGUCGGAGCCCUCGCGUGUAUAUUUUGAGAAGUUUCCCACUUGAUCCUGAAGAACUCACCCAGGUUAUGAACUGCCAUUGUUGAAAAGAAUGUGUGCUUCAAUGAUUGGAAUUUUGUUCUGAUACAUGUCUUAACCUGUUUGGGCCACUAUAGCAAAAUACCAUAGACUAGGUGGCUUACAAACAGCAGAAAUUCUUUUCUCACAGUUCUGGAGGCUGGAAGUCCAGGGUCAGUGUGCCAGCAGAUCUGGUGUCUGGUGAGGACCUGCUUCCCGUUUCAGAGCUGGCCGUCUUUUCUUUGUGUCUUCGUGUGGCCGAAGGGACACAGGACCUCUGGGGGGAGUCUCUUAUAAGGGCACUAAUGCCAUUCCUGAGGGCUCUGCCAUCAUGACCUAAUCGCCUCCCAAUGGCCUUUCCUCCAAAUACCAUGACAUUGGGGCUUAGGUUUCAACAUGUGGAUUUAGGGGGAACACAAACUUUCAGCCUGUAGCACUACAUAAGAAUUGAGUGGUUAGAUCA